AAUUUUUCUCUUUCUCUUCUUCUCUCAUUUUAACUCUUUCUCUCAAUCGUUUCAUCUUCACUUUUUAUUAUUAACCAUUUAUUUUGUUUUCUUUUUUCUUUUCUUUUAUUUUCUAUCAAUUAAUUGUUAUUAUUCUAAUUAAAUUGUUUAAACAAUUAAUUUCUCUCAGUGAUCAAGUUCCACGUUGAAAAGUAAAACAUUUUUUCUUCUCCGCCAUCAUCGGACAAUUGGAGAACAUUUUAUAUUCUUUUCUUUCUUUAUUUUAUUUUUUUCUUUUUUGUUUUAAAUAGAAAAGUUGAAAUUUAAGACUCCUUGUGAUUUAGAAGAGAGAAGAGAGAGAAAAAAAGAAAACCAGUUAAUGACAACUUUCAUUUUGUGGAUUUAAUAUUAACCCUUUUUUUUGGAAAGGGAUUCCAAUGGAUCAAUGGAAACCCUUUUCUUACCUCAUCCAAUAAUCGAGGAGAUUAUCUUCCAGUCCAAAAGAUUCAAUCUUGGAAAUUAUUGCCACUAACAAUAUCGUUGAUUGUUAAUCCAUCUCUAAUUGUUACCCGUUAAUUGUACGGUAAAAGAAUUGAAAAUUAAGUUAUCACUAGUUUGUAACCGCAAAGAGAUUAACAUCAACAACGUUGGAAAAAAGUUUCAUCAAUUAACUCACCUCUCCUUUUCAUCAUUUAAUCAUCAUCAUCAUUUUCAACAUAACCAUUAUCUUAAUCAUCAACUAGCUUAAUCUAAAUUAAAAAACAAUCAACUAUAAUCAUAAUAAUCGUCAAGGUGAGAGAGAGAGAGAAAGAAAUAAUCAGUGAGAUGAAAGCCUGAAGAAAAGAUUAACCCAAAAAUAUGGCUUAUCUAAAUGUUAAUUAUGGUAACAGUUAGCCAAUGGAAAACAAUUAAAGUUAAUUCAGUUAUAAAGUGGUGAUGAUCAACGCGAAACUUUUAUCAACAAUUAACAAAAUGUUUUCUACCUACUCAGUUACUGAUGAUGGAAAACAAGUCAUUCCAAUAAAAUGGUUUAUCCUCAAUGGAUUAAUCAGAUAAUCCGAUGAACAAUUUGAAGGCCAUCAAAUCAACAGUCAUAUUAAAUCAAUGUCCUUCUAGUCGUUGAUUAAAAGUGAAAUAAUUGAAUCAACAACAACAACAAUUUAAAUCAAAUUGUCGCAAGACACUAAAAUUGAAUCAAACUGAAACAUUGUUUUGUUUUUCCUCCUUCUUAAUUGUGAUUAGUUUAUCUUUGUUUAAUUUGUUUUAAUUAAUUCAAAAAUUGUUAAAAUCAAAGUUGAACAUUGAUGAACUUUAAACUUAAAUGAAAUUAUCUCAACGUUGAUUAAGUUAAUUGUUUUUAGUUCAAAUAUUGUGGAUUAUGAUUAACAUAGUUAUGUGUCUUACCAAGGAUAGGAAAGGAUUAAUCAACAAUCAUUUGUGUGCCAUUUUUAAUUGUUGUGUUUAAUCAUCAUAAUCAUCAUCAUCGUUACAAUUAACAACUUGGUUAUUUAAUUGUUUCCAUGGACAAAUAGUCCCUAAACAAAGUUAAUCACUCAUAUAACAAUUUAAAUUGUUGGAUUAAAAACUACAAUCAACAGUUUUUAUCAAAACUUUCAGCACCUUAAUACCAAUAAUAAGCAGUUAAUUUAAUUAAUCAUUGAAACUUAUUAGUUAUCAUUAGUGUGCUGAAGUAAAAACACAAAUGAUCUCGACAUUAUAACUUAACAAUUAAACGGAAAUUUAAUCAAUCAAAAUCGUUAAUUUGAUUGAUAACAAUUUAAUUUUCUUCUCAAUCAAAGGCAAAUACCGAACGGAUUAACCUUAUCAACCAAUUGUUAAACUACUCACAAUUAUAAUUACCACUCAAAGUGGUCAACAAUUAAAUUGUUUAAUUAAUUGGCUGAUUGUUAGAAGUUUCAAUUUAAAAACAAUUAGAUUGAAUAACUAAUUGUUACACUUGAUUUUUCGAGUUAUCAAGUAAAUUAAACCCGAAAAAUAGUCAUCAACUGUUUUCUCAUUGCAAAAAAAGGAAACAACAAUUAAGUUAAUCACUGUUUCAAUUGUUAAUAUUAAAUUAACAAAAUUAGUCUCUUUGGGAAAUUAAUUCAAUCGCUUUUGAUAAAAUCACAUUUGCCCAAGGCAAAAAAUUGCUAUAGCAAUUAAAAGAUUGGAUUAAAUUAACUAGAGACUUUAAUCAACUUACUCAAGUCAACAACUAAUCACGAAAAUCUUCAAAUAAAUCACCGAGAAACAAAAUUAAAUCAAUCAAACAAUUAAAACCAACGAAAGCAAGAAUCCAACGAUUGUCAAUAUUGGUUAAACUGUUGAUUGACAAAUCGAUUGAAAAACAAAAAGAGACUGACAAUUAAUUGUUAAUCGCAUAUUAUAAUAGUUUAAUUAAAGGAAAAGUUAAAAAGGCUACGUGACUUAAUUGGAUAAUUAAAUUAAAUCAACUGUUAAUUGUGUCGUUUCUGUCGACGAUAAACAAAGAGAAAGUUUUAGAAUCGGGAUUGGAAUCGAUUCUUUUUCCUGAUCGGUGUUUCGGAUAAUGCAGAACGGAGCUUUUCCUUGGGUCGGAUCAUCGACUUUAGGAGGACCAGGACAAAAGUGGCCUGGCUAUCAGGCCAGUAUAACCGAUUUAUUUUUAAAGAAAAGUUCACCUCAUCAACUUCAUCAUACAUUUCCCUCUGGUAUCUCUCAAUUGGCCGCCGCAUCAUCUUACCUUGAAAAGAUGACCGGGUUUACUCAAACGGUAACAUCAUCAUCCUCCUCCUCGGGCGGAGGAUCAGGAUCCUCGGGUGUUAACAGUUCAGCUGGAGCAUUAUUAGCGUCCGCUCAUCAUCUUCAUCAUCACCAACAACAACAACAACAACAACAACAACAUCAAGCACAAAAUAGUAACAUCAAUGGGCAUCAAUUACCAUCACAACUGAAUCAUCAACAACACCAACAUAAUUCAACACCAACAACAACAACCUCAGGUACCAGUUCAUCAUCAACACCAAGUCCAUUGAGUUUUGUUCACAAUAAAUGUCCUCAUCACUCCGAUAAGGAUAAACCAAGUGAACAUUGUGGUUUAUGUUUAAGUUCAAAUAAUAAUAAUAACACAGGUUCGAAUGGUCAAUCUCGUUCCCUUGUUAGUCCAUUGAAUAAUAAUAGUAAUAGUAACAGUAAUAGUAAUAAUAAGGAGAAAGAUAAUCAAGAUAAUCUUAAUCUAUCAAAUAAUUGUCUCAAUAGACACCAAUCCAAUAAUUCAACAUCAUCUUCCUCCGGACCAAAUACCAAUAAUAAUUUUAAUAAUAAUAAUACGAAGUGUCCUCAUCAUGAUAAUCAUAAGAAAGGUAAUUCAUGUAACAUGUGCCAGACUUAUUCCGCUCUACCCAUUGGCGGGGGUGGUGAUGAUACACUAACCAAUAAUUCAAGUUUGAAAAGCCUCACUAGUGCUAGUACAUCAAAUUUACCAUCUAGCGGUAAUUGUACAACAAAUGCUGGUACCGGUGGCGGUGGUGUUGAUGGUGUUGGUGGGGGUGGUAAUAGUAAUGAAACUCGUUCUGGUUCCAGUGAAGCCGCACUUGUUGCCGCUGCUGCAGCAGCUUCGAUAUCUUCGGUUACUGCGGCCAUGUUAGAAUCAAAAAUUGCUCAUCAUUCCUCUUCUUCAAUUUCUCACCAUAAUCAUCAUAACUCAACUGGAUCAACAAACUCACCAACAUCCGCCACCCAUCACAAUAAUCCGCAUCAUCAUCACCAUCACCAUCAUACUUCCUCCACUUCCCAUCAUGCUAAUUCCCAUCAUCAUCAUCACCAUUCCUCUUCAUCCUCUUCAUCUGCAACUCACCAUCAAUUGCACCAUGGUCACCAUCAUCAUCUUAAUCCAUCAGGUUCAUCUCCAUCGAUUGCGUCUCCAACUCAUUCAUCAGUCGCAGCUCUUGCUGCAACUGGUCAUUCCAUUGGUCAUCACUCGCACCAUUCCCAUCACUCUCAUCUUGCUCACUCAUCACCUUUUACCAGUACAAGUUUGUCCUCACUUAUACCUCAUUCCAAUGGUCCAUCAAGUCUAUACUCACGUCGCUACUCAACUGGUUCAACAAGCUCAUCGGGUGACCAACGAUCUAAACAUGGUAGUAGUUCAAAUAGCGGACGAACUUUUCUUUGUCCAGUUUGUUAUCGACUCUUUACCCAAAAGGGUAACCUCAAGACGCACAUGAUGAUUCACACUGGCGAGAAACCUUUCGGAUGUCAGGUAGGGAUAUGCGGGAAAAGUUUCACUCAGAAAGGUAACGUUGAUACACAUAUGAAGAUACACACUGGAGAACGAGAUUAUCGUUGUCAUUAUUGUGAUAAAGGAUUCACUCAGAAAGGUAACCUGAAGACUCAUGUCCGCUCUGUCCAUACCAAAGAGAAACCAUAUCUUUGUGGUAUUUGUGGUAAAGGUUUUAGCCAAAAGGGUAACAUGCAUACCCACCUGAGAACCCAUAGUAAAGACAAUAGGUUUCCAUGUGCUCUUUGUGGUAAAACAUUUUCUCAAAAGGGUAAUCUUAAGACUCACAUGCAAAGGCACAAUGGUGUGGCUCCUGCUCGUCGAAAUCCAUCCAAAAAAGGCUCAAAAUCAGGUCAUUCUGGAGGAAACAAUUCAUCAGGAAGCGGAAACAAUACUGCCAACAUUAAUAAUCAGGUAAAUCGAAGUUCAAAUAAUAAUCAGUAUUUUAAUAAUACUGGUAAAAGUGGUUCCGUUGAUCGUAAGCCUUUUAGCUCAUCAGGUAACAGAGCAACAACAAGCCAUGAAGGAAUCGGCCUCGUCCCACACCAAUCCCAUCAUCAACAGCAACACCACCACCACCACCAUCACCACCAACUCCACUCAUCACACUCAUCAUCAGCCGCUGCUGCCGCCGCAGCCGCUGCAGCAGCAUCUGCCCUCUUCAAUGGAUCUUCAUCAGCACCAUCGAUCUCUUCAAUCUUACCUAUGGUCCUCACAACUUCACGAUCCUCAUUGUUACCCAAUAUCACACAGAAUCAGCAACAAUCAUCAUCUCAACAGCCUACAGUUAAUGGACAACAACAACAGCACUUCCAAGGAGUCCAACCGAUGGACUUCUUCUGGCCUACAGGGGUGACCACUUGCUGAUGAUGAUGACCAAAGAAAAGGAAAAAGAUGAAAGAAAUUAGCGGACAAAUCGAACAGGAUGAGAAGAAUACACAAGAUGAUUGGUUCACAGACUGGACAAAGGAAGGAUGGACAAUCAACAUGAGCACCAGCAGAAAACUUUUGACCCCUUCAAACAAUGAGGAUGGACACAAAUGACCGUCAAGAGAAAACAACAAACCAACAAAUCAACAUAAAAGCCAAUCCAUUUAUUGAGAGAUACUCAAUCAUCAAUCAUUAUUAAAUCAUAUUCAAGUUUUUUUUUGUUUUAUUAAUCACAAUCUUUAUUAAUAAUAUAUUGAUUGUCUCAUUCAAUUGAAGUACUCAUCAUGUGACGCUUAUACUUAAUUUACAAUUUAGGAUGUUUCAAAAGCUCACAAUUAAACAAACAAUUACAAAAAAAAAGUUGUAAUUUACAAACAAAACUCACAAAUCAACAACAAUUUGUUGAACCCACAAAACAAUUCAAACCAACUCAAUGUUAAAUAUCAACAAUUAAUAAUACAAAUUGCGUCUUCAAUCAUUUUCCUUAAUUAUCGUCAGCCUUGACCUUCGUUAAUUUUAAACAUGAUAUUUAAAAAAUUGAAUAAUUAUCAAUAUUAUUGAUCAAAAAUAAUCCACAAAUUAAUUGUCACAAUUAACUGAAAGAAGAAAAAAAAUUCAAACAAAUAACUUUUUUUUUCAUCUUUUCUUUUCCCAAUGUCUUUUCAAUGGUUCAAAACCUAUUCCUUUUUUUUGUCUCUCUCGCUCUCCAUCAAAUCAAAUUAACUAAUUAAUUAAUUAAUCAAAUUCAAUUUGCUCAUUGUAAGUUCAACUCUAAACAAAAUACAAACAAAAAAUUGUCAACUUUUCAUUGUCUUAUUGAUGAUUAACAAUUAAAUCACAAAGCCAACCUUUUUCCGUAAUCAAAACGUAACUAAAUCAGUUUGAAAUUUAAUUUGUUCACAAUGAUUAAGAGCGAAAAAAAAAUAAAAAAGCAAAUUAACUUAAACAGUUGAAUUUGAUUAAAGCAACAGGUAAUUUAUGAUGAUAAUUAAGAUGAUGUUUAGUGUAACUAUACAAAAGUAAUGACAUUUGAUUGGGACGCAAUUAAAGUCACAACUUUAAAUUAGUGUAACAAUUUUUUACCCUUUCCAAUGAUACAACUUUGUAAUAAUCAUUUACGCUCUUGUCAUAUUAACAAUCAACUGGAUUAAAUUUGAUUGAAAUUUUCUGAAGCUAAGAAAAUGUCUCAUCAAUGAGACAUUAACCAAGGUGAGUUUCAACAGGUAACAUCACAUAACCUUGUUAUUUAUUAUUAUUAUCACAUCUUCCAAACUGUUCAAUGGUUAAUCAUCACCAUCAACAAGUAAUCAUCAUGUUCAAUCCUGAUCUUUGGUGUAAAUGAUUUCUUUGUCCUUGUUAGAGAAAUUGUUACUUAUUGGUAUUUAAAUUGACUUUUCCACUAUAACG